AUGGUGUGGACCAAAAUUUGCAAUUUGUCAAACAAAUCCGACAACUUACAGAUCCACAUUACUAUUGAUUUGUCCUCAAAUAUAUUAAAUGGCUCGAUACCAAGAAGUGUUGGUAAUUGGACACACAUCUACAACUUGAAUCUUAGAAACAACAAGCUCAUUCAUAGAAUUCCAUCUGAGAUUGAUAAAUUAGUUCAGCUUACAGAACUUGAUUUAUCUCAGAAUUUGAUCAAGGAAAAGAUACCAUCUGAAGUACAAAGUUUGCAAAGUUUGCAAAAAUUGAAUCUUUCACACAAUAUACUAUCUGAUUCUAUUCCUGAUGCUAUUAAAAGUUUGCCUCGUGGGACUGAUAUCGACUUGUCUUACAAUGAGCUCACAGAGCUUGCUUAUGCGAUGGUGGAAACUGAGAAAUGUGAUGUGUUUAGCUUUGGGAUUGUUGCACUAGAAGUGAUCAUGGGAAAGCAUCCUGAUGAACUACCAACAUUGUCUGUUGAUUGUUGA